AUGUUGGAGCUCUGCACAGAAUCUUUCAAAACAGACGGGUCCAUGAUGGACUGGUCCGAGGUGGGGAUCUUGGGGGCCAUGUUAUCUGGGCCACGAAGGUUGAGUGCGGUGACCAUCAGCUUGGAGAAAGGAAUGCCAGAAGAGGCACCCAUAAAUAAUGGCGGGGCUUUGGACCCAGAAGCGGUUGUAGAAUUUUGUACGGUAUCGAUGAAGGAGUCAGAUCUGUUGACAAAGCUGGUCUCCGAGGUGUCUGAGCCGACAGAUCCCGUCAGAGAGCGGAUCUGA